GUAACGGUUGUUUUCAAAGAAUGCUGCAGGUGAAAUCUGACACGGAUUCAUUUUUACUCGGAGUUUUCAUUUUUUUUCUGCCACGAACCAAUAUAUUGUAUAACCACUGCACAUACAACGAAAAAAUUAGCAAUCAGUUUAUGCAGCUUAUUUGGAUUUAAGACAUUUGAAGGACGUCUGUACUAUAACAGUAAAAUAAAAUGCCACCAAAGAGGUCUAAAGAUAGCAAGGUCAAUAUAUCCAGCUCCUUGGAGUCUGAGGAUUUCAGUUUGGAAACUACAGUUCCUACUGAGGACAUUUCUUCAUCAGAGGAGCAUGAAGGGAAUAAAAAAGUCACCAGGCAGCUGAUCGAGAGGAAAAAGCUGCUCCACAAUGUCCAGCUUCUGGAAAUAGAGCUCUCUCAAAAAACUCUUAGCAUUGACAACUUGAAGGUGGAAUAUCUCACCAAAAUAGAGGAGCUGGAGGAGAAAUUGAACAAUGCUCUUCAUCAGAAACAGCUGCUUGCACUACGGCUAGACAAUCAACUGAAACAAGAGGAAACCAGAAAACAACAGGCAUUAAGGAAGCAGGAAAUGGACACUAUUUUGUUGAGACAGAAGCAGCUGGAAGAGACCAAUCUUCAGCUUCGAGAAAAAGCAGGAGAUAUCCGACGUAGUUUGCGUGACUUGGAACUCACCGAGGACAAAUACUUAGAACUGAAAGAGCUUCCAGAAGACCAGCUCUCAAUUCCAGAAUAUGUCUCUAUCAAAUUCUAUGAAGUGGUCCAUCUAUUAAGAGCCAAGGUGGGUGAACUGCAGGCAAAAAAAAACAGCCUAUCGGAGGACCUUGGCAGCCAUAGAAGUGAGCUAAAGUCAUUAAUGGAGAGCUACGAUGAAGAGAGAAGAAUACGGUCAGAGUUAGAAGUUAGAUGUCAGCGGUUAACCCUGGAUUUAGCUGAUACAAAGCAGCUAAUUCAGCAAGGGGACUAUAAGCGGGAAAAUUACGACAAAGUGAAGAGAGAAAGAGACUCUCCUGAGCAAGAUAUUUCAGACCUUAGAAAACACGUUGAAAUACUUGAAGUUACACACAAAGCACAAACAAAGGAAAGGGAUGACUUCAGCAAAGAGGUGGUUACCCUCCAGCAGUCAGUCACUUUAUUACAGAAGGAUAAAGAGUAUUUAAAUCGUCAAAAUCUAGAGCUCAGUGUGCGAUGCGCCCAUGAAGAAGAUCGUUUGGAGAGGCUUCAGAUUCAUCUUGAAGAAGCAAAGAAAGCCCGGGAAGAAACAUAUGAAAAAUAUGUGGCAUCAAGAGACCAUUGCAAAACAGAAUAUGAAAGCAAACUCCGUGAUGAACUUGAACGAAUUAGAAUUAAAACUAAUCACGAAAUCGACACCCUUCGCAGCACAUCAAAAGAGAUGUAUGAACGUGAAAACAGAAAUUUGCGGGAAGCAAAAGAUAAUGCUGUUGUAGAGAAAGAAAGAGCUGUUCAAGCUGAAAAGGAUGCUCUAGCGAAAUAUGACCAGAUUUUGGAACACAGUUGGAUUUUCCACACAGUAAUUCCACAUAAAGUAUGUACAAUCACUUGCUUUAAUUGCUGUAAUAAUGUGUGCAACGUUUUUUUUCUUUUUACACUUGAGAUGAGUAGGUUGUAUUGCCAGUUUAUUAAUAUAAUGCAUAAAAUAAAUAAUAAUCUCUCUUCCAAUUCCUUCCAUUUUUCCAAACAGGUCUUGACAAAAGAGUUUUAUAGUCUUCAGAAUUUGACAGAGAAGCGCAUUACUGAGCUACAGGCACAGAAUUCUGAAUAUCAAGCUCGACUGGAAACCUACGAAAAAUUAGAACAGGAGCUUGAUGAUGUUACCAUGCAAGCUGCAGAAAUGGAGAAUGAGGAUGAAGCAGAGAGAGUUCUCUUUUCAUAUGGAUAUGGAGCUAACGUUCCAACAACAGCUAAACGGCGCCUUAAACAGAGAUUGUAUUUAGAGAAGCAGAACACCUUACUGAGGAGAGACUUGGAACGACAGAGUGCCCAGACUAAACACAUAUCUCAAGAGCUGGAGAGAGCUAAUCACCUCUUGAACCAAGCACAGCAACCAUACAGCUAUCUAAUAGAAACAGUUCAUCAAAAGGACUCCCAGAUCCAGGCUCUGAAAGAGUGUGUUUCACAGCUGGAGAAUGAUGUCAGCACCUUAAAGAAAGAGAGAACUGAUUUGCAGAGAGUCAAGAAUAACAUGGCAGCAGAUUUAGAGCGAGUUCUGAACCACCGUGAGGAAUUAUCUGUAAUGAAACAGGUUCUGAUUAACAUGCACACCCAACGCUAUGGCGAUGGAUUACCUCAUCCUCGUAACGAAGCAGCAAGUGCGAUUGCAGUACGUAUGCCAAAAGCAUUUGUCAGCAUGGAUGGAGAGGAAAAUAUCCAACCCAAACCAACUUUGUUUAUAAACAGAGAUGCGCCUCCUGAGUGGUAUAAAAAACUGAAGCAGAAAAAAUAAUUUAUAUCUAGUUUUUUAAAUGUAAAACAAAAAAGCAUCAUGAAUAAAUAAAAUCAAUCUGCCUGGUAAGAUUAUUUUUUACAUGACAAGAAUGUUAUAGUAUUUUUUAUUUAUUUAUUUAUUUAUUUAUUUUUUUAAAUGUGUGAAUAUAUACAUUUUUAUGGAAAGUGGUUGUAAAAAAAUGUAGGGAAUGAGAGGUGUCUCUGAAUGUACCAUAUUUUACAGAAAACUAAAUAAACAGUUUUGCAUGCGAUCUACAUGGUUUCCCCUAUGUAAUGUUAAUAUUUCUUUCCUGGAGCCGUUAUUUUAAAACCUGUAUUUAUGUAAAGUGCAUUUUAGUAAUGGUGGGGGGGGUGAGGUGUCAUUGUGUAAAAACAUGUUUGACUAAUGUGUACAUAAUAUUCAUGAAUGAUCUGUUAAUGCCUGAAAAUUAUAGCAGAUUUUUAUUCAGAUUUGUUUUUAUUUAUUUAUUUUUAUGGUGUUUUGACACCAUUUAUAUGUAAUGAUUGAACGUAAAUGCAUUUUCUCAGAUAACAACUGAUUUAAUAUUAUUGAAAAUGUGGUAUUGCCUUGUGAAACUAUGGUACGCAGUACUGUGUGCACAAUUACCCUGUCUGACUUUAUUGUAUUUCCAAAUGAUCGAAAUAUUAGAAGUGUAUGUGAACAGCACAGAAGACAGUUGUUGUUUUUUGAAGGGGUCUCAAAACAUGGAGUUGUUCCUACUUUUUGUCACUCACAUAUGUAAAGGUGUAGUACCCCAUCUGGUUUUGCAGCUUUUACCUAAAGGUUGUUGCUUUAUAAAUCCAUGUUGAAAAUAUUAACUUAUAUCACUGGGAUACAAUAAAAGUGUACUCGUAGUAACCUGUUGCCACAGGUGUAGCAAUCGAACACAUACCUGCAGUUUAGCAUGACAGUGGAAAGAAGGCUUCUGGGAGGGACAGGGUUUGCCUGCAGGUACAAUGCUGGAUGUAAAUAGAAUGGGUUGUCAUUAGGUAGGGUUUCUGAUGAUGUCAGUGUGCACAGAUGUUUAAACUAUGGACUGUAGUAAACAAAUUCCAAUAAAUUAUAUUUUGCUGUAAAAAUGAACACAGUUGGUGGACAUUAUAGCUUUAUAAAUAAGAUUUUAGCAAGGACUUUUCAAAUAAAGUAAUAUGCCAGUGCUAUAAUGUGGUAGCAUUAAUGUAACGUAUAAAGUUAAGUGUUGGUACCAGCUAUAUUUAAUUUUUUUGAUAGAUCAGAAUAACUCAUUUACAGUAUACCACUUACAAGCCAAGUACUAAUAGCUGGGACCAA